AUGUGCCCAAUUAUUACUGUAGCCAUUUGGGCUACACUACUAUCCACCAUCACAUCCCUCACAUUUCCCUAUGAGAACAUUCAGCUUGAUCCAGCCGAAACUUUGUCUUUUCCGUCUAUUGCCUUUGGUGAUGCCGCAAGCCCAAUCCCUCAGCAGCCGUCAUGCAAAUCAUAUCCAGGAGAACCUACCUGGCCCUCAGACGCAGACUGGUCCCGUCUCAACACGACUCUCAACGGCCGCCUCCUGAAGCCUCAGCCUCUCGGUGCGGUCUGCGCACCUUCUCAUCCGGCCUACGACAGAACCAGAUGCAACACGCUGGUCCGCGGCCUGUCUGGCACGCGCAUGCUGCUCGACGACCCCUUGACGGUGCUAACAGUGUACCUAGAAGGCGACACCUGCCCCAUCUCCACGUCAAGCAGAAAACCGUGCACUCAGGGCGGGUUCCCCGUCUACGUCGUCAAUGCCAGCACGGUCGCGCAUGUCCAGGCCGCCGUCAACUUUGCCCGCAACCGCAACAUAAGACUCAUCGUCAAGAACACUGGACACGACUUUGGCGGCCGCUCCGCUGGCGCGGGCGCUCUCAGCAUCUGGACCCAUCACCUAAAGUCCGCAUCCUACCUCGCCAACUACACGGCGAGCUCUCCGGCAUACACCGGCAAGGCGGUCCAUCUGGGGGACGGCCUUGAGUCCUGGGAGCUGUUCGACCUCAUGGUCGACCACCGCAUCUCCCUCGCGGCUCCGGGGUUCCCGACCGUCGGCGCCGUCGGCGGCUGGAUGCUCGGCGGGGGCCACGGCACGGUCACGUCAACGUUGGGUCUCGGCGCCGAUCAACCCCUGUCGCUCAACGUCGUCACGGCUGACGGGCGCUUCGUCACGGCCAACGCGACGCACAACGCCGACCUCUUCUGGGCGCUGCGAGGCAGCGGCGUCGGCCCGGCGUUUGGCGUCGUCACCUCUGCCGUGGUGCGUGCACACGAACCCCUUUCGCUGAUCAGAGUCUCGCUGCAGUGGCUGACGGGACCCAGCUACAACCCCAGAAACAGCCCCAGCCCCGUCGUGGACAGGGAGACGUUUUGGCGCGGCGUCUCAGCGUACUACCGCUUCGGCAUCGCGGUCGGGGAUGCCGGCGGCGUCGACUUUGGCUACAUCCGCAACCGCGGCAACGGCAGCUUCAGCUUCGACACGGGGCUCACGUUCCCCAACAAAUCGCCCCGUGAGGUGUUCAACCUCCUCGCCCCGCUGUACGCAGAUCUACAGGCCGCCGGGGUAAAGAUGACGAACCGCCUGCCGGCGGCGUCGAGCCCGUACGCAACCAGACGGGCUGGCACGGGCGCUUCGCUGGGCAACGCGCGGUACUCGUCCAGACUGUGGCCGCGGUCGGUGUGGGACAAGGACGACGGCUUCGCGGCGGCCAUGGCGGCGGUGCGGGCCAGCGUCGAGGACGGCGGCUACACGUUCCACGGGCUUCUGAUGGCGGCGCGGCCGCUGGCCGGGGACGUGGCCGACUCGGUCAGUCCCGGCUGGCGCGCCGCGGCGAUGCACGCCUCGGUACAGGACGACACGGCGCUGGCGGACCUGUCGCCCGAGGCGUGGCGGGCGGCCAACGAGCGCGUGCUGCGCUACUCUGCCGCCAUCAGGGCCGCGACGCCAGGUGGAGGCGCGUACAUCAACGAGGGGGACUCGCUCGAGCCCGGUUGGCAGGAUAACUUUUACGAGCUGGACAACUACGCCCGCCUGCUGCGGGUCAAGGCAUCGCUGGACCCGUGGGAUGUGUUUUGGGCGCCGACGGCGGUGGGGAGCGAUGGGUGGGAGGUGAGGACGGAGGAUGGCACUUUGACGCAGAACGGGAGGUUAUGUCGUGUCGGGUCCUAG